AUGAUUUAUAUUGCGCUUUUCGAGCUCACCUACGCAAUUUUAUACGUUGCUGAGAAACCGGUUAGUCUAUCUCAAAUCGUAUGUAGCUCACGAAUGGAUGCUCGGAACUAGUAGUGGUCAACUGAGAAAUUAAUGAAAAUUUUAUGCUAAACAACUUUGUAGUUGACAGUUUUCUUGGAAAACGUGUAAUUUUCAAGUUACAAGCCUAUUUCUGACUAGAAUCCGUUAUGAUCAGAGCAAGCUGUGAAAAACAUUAUAUAACUAGAGAAUUUGACGUUUUUAGCAAAAAUGCUCAACUAAAAAGUUGUUGAGAAUGGAAUUUGCAACAACUUUUCUGUUGAUCACUUCUUGAAAUAAUCACAAAUUUUCGAGAUAUAAGUGUUUAAACUUUCAGGACCUAUUCACAAAGUUGGGAUCAUUUUUCCUUAUCGUCAACUGGAAAACUUCGUUGUUUCCCAAGUUCAUUUCAUGUAUUUUGGAUUGUAGGCUUGUUUUUUCCGUUCAUCUCUCAAAAAAAUGCAGAUUUUCAGUGCUAUUCGUCGGUUUUUUCGGCAUGUCGAUCGCCCUUCUCGCACUCCACUUCAUCUACCGUUAUCUGAGUGUCACCAAGUUGGUUCGCUACAGUAGCCGGGACAGUAACCGACCGUAUUUCAGUGACCAACGAAUAAAAUCGUUCAACACGUGGAAAAUCGUCCUCUGGUUCAUGGCUCCUCUGUUGAACGGCGUCAAUUUCAUGUUCACCGGCGGUAUUAUUCUCUGUGCCGAUCGAGAAACGGACCGGUUUAUGAGGUGAGCGCGGAAAUUGGAAAUGCGUCAACCACGUGCGACCGGAAACGUAUUCAGCGACAAUUAUCCGCCGCUUUUGCACAACACGACAAUAAUUGAAGAUUUAUACUACAUGGGACCGUUUUUCUGGCCUAAAAUCGAGCGAUCCGACGAGUUGUACUUUAGUUGGAAGGGUGCCAGAGGAUCGCUCAUUGUUAUGGCUCUGAUUGUGAGUUUGACGAGACAAAAGGGAACAAUGUUCAUUCAAGACAAUGUAUCUCAGCUGCCGAUGGAGAUAUCAAAACGUGGUCAACUGAUAAAAUGUGCAAAAAGUCUUUCUGCGCACUUUCACUGUUGACAACAUUUCGAUAUUUUCAGAGGCAGCCGAGAUAUAUCGUCUUGAAUGAACAGUGUCGAAGAGACCAAACAACAUUCGUCUUUCAGUCGCUCUCCACCUCGAUAAUGCUGUAUUUCGGCGUGAAGGGCUACCGUAGCAUGAACGCUCUGAUCGGCCAGGCAAGCGGAUCGGCCAGAUACAAAAGUGUGCAGUCGCAGUUGUUCCACGCGCUCAUCUUCCAAACGCUCAUCCCCGUCUUUCUGAUGCACCUUCCCGCGACGGCCGUCUACGUCACCAUCUUCUUCAACAAAUCGACGGAAAUUGUGGGCGAAACGCUCGGAAUGACAAUAUCUCUGUAUCCGGCACUCAACCCGCUUCCCACCAUUUUCAUCGUCAAAAGUUAUCGGACCGCCGUGAUAGGUAUCCGCCUUUUUGUUUUCUCGCACUCUUCGUGGUACUGUGUUAAAGGCGCAGAGCCGACUAAAAUUUACAACAAUUUGUUCGUGGCAAGAAGACAGACCCAAACGUGUUCAGAUGUGCUCAUUCUUUGCAAGCAUGCGCUGUUCUGCCGAUCUCGAUCCAACAAAAUCGUGCCGAAUGUGAACACGUCUACUGUUGCAUUCACAACUCAUGGAUCUUCAUUUACAACUCAAUAA